UCGAUUCCGAUUUGAUUUUAAAGACAUGAUUACGAAUCCACGUAUGUUGUUCUACACCUGCAUUGCGAAAGGAACAGUGAUUCUCGCGGAGUUCGUUUCGAAUGAAGAGCCAGGAAUCGAAGAUCUAGUCGAGAACGCGCCUCCUCACCACUCGAUGGUCUCUCACACAGUACGCAAGAGAACUUACGCUUUGAUCAUCGAUGGAAAAUUUUUUUCGUAUUUCGCCAUCUUAGACGAGGCCGUUACGAAACCUGAGUCUCUCUGGCUCUUCGAUCGGUUGAAAUCGGUUACUGAGUCUCUUAUGGAAGACGGAUCCACAGCGGAUUCGCUUGUUAAUCAUCCGAGUCGACACUGUCUCCAAUCGAAGCUUGAUCCAGUCUUCGCUGAGAUCACUACUAAUAAGAAUAAGGAUUUGGAAUUGGAGUUUGUUGGAUCUUCUCCUAGGACGAGGGAGAUUAAUAAUCCGAGUUUGGAUUCGUCUAGAGGUCGAAAAGGCGGUGGUGCGUUUAUGCCGCUGUUAGGCAAGCCGUUGAGGGUGUUGAAGAACAAGAAGAGAUUGCAUACUGAUGAGAAGAAGAUGGAUUCAUUAGGAGGAGGAGGUAAUAAAGGAGUUAUAAAUGGUUUGAUGAUUCAUCAUGAUCAUCAUCAUCAUAGACAAAAGGCGAAACAGAUAUGGAAGAAACAUGUUUGGGUUGUUUUGUUGUUUGAUCUCUGCAUCUGUCUUGUUCUGUUUUGUAUCUGGCUUUGGGUUUGUCAAGGCUUUCAAUGCAUCCUCCAAGGUUAAAUAUAUAAAUAAAAAAUACUUUUAUACAGAAAAACUUCAUCAAAUGCCUCUUGGUUUACACGUUUGUGAUGAUGA